GUGACAGAUGGGACACUCGGCACCUCUGAGCUCAAUGAUACAGAAACUCAGAACCAUCUGCUUGGAACUAGUGGGCUUAUUCUGCUGCUCUCGCCUCAAGUGAGAAGUGAGGAAGACAUUUAUUGGCUUUCAGCUUUGCGUCAACUGAAGCGUCUCCUUCAAGCAAAACAUUUUCAACCAAUAAUACCUUUGGUGGUCCUUGUGCCAAAUCAUGGAGAUGAGGCUGUGGAGAAGGACGUAGAAGAUGGUUUGAUGUUGCCAGAUUUGGUUUCAGCUAAUCUUAUUUCAAGCUAUAACAUUGUGGAAAUACCAGAUUCUGUGACUGACUUUCAGGGCACCAAAAAGCUAUAUGAAGCAGUGCAAUGGCUGGUUACUCAGUGUCCAGGCUCCAUCAAUCUUUGCUGCCAAACACUUACUCAGUAUGUUGAAGAUGGCCUUGACUUUCUGUUCAAUCAGCCGUUCCACCAAGACAAGAGGGAGAGAUGUGUAAAUGCCUUGUUCUCACAAGAUCCUGGUGCCAUAAUAGAGUUCUACAACAGUGCGGUGCAGUUUCUGGCUGAAGUUGCCUCUACAGAAGAAUUCUAUGACCUGUCCUGGCCUGUCAGUGAAUUUGCAGAGCCUGGGGGCAGCAAGCUGCUUCCUCAUCUCAAGUGGAACAUGCCCAACCACCUGGCUUGGUUGAAGAAAGCUGUGCUGUCCUUCCAGAUUCCACAUAUGGAUCUUCCGCCUUUGGGAGCUCCCUGGUUCCUUGUUUGUGCCAUGAUCUUCCAAUAUUUGUCCCAGACUGCCAGUUCUCUUCAGACGCGGGAGAUACUUCAGUCCCAUAUAGAAAAUUUGCUGAACAGAACUUACUUCAAGUGGAAGAGCAGAACAUGUGGCAACUCAAAAGAAGAUGGCCCUUCUGUAGAGGAGAUUCCUUGGGAUAGUAUCCUGGCACUCUGCAUUAACCAUAAGCUGAGAGACUGGAAACCACCUUGCCUGCCAGUAAUACCAGAAGCAGUGAACAAAGAUGGCCAGAUACAUGUAUAUUUCAUUCAGGAGCACUUGAAAAAAUUUACCUGUCCUUUCUUAUGGGAAGAAGCCAGAUUAAAAACUCAAAAAGCAGUCCAACAAAAUCAAGGAAGGUCCAAAACAAAGACUAACUCUUUUGGAAAGUUAUAUUCCUUUUCACUGUCUCCAAGUGAAUAUUGCACCUGCCAAGGAAAUAAAAGAAAUAAGGAAAUAAAUAGUUUUGCUGGUGAAGAUCUAACAAUGGCUGUUUCAGAAGUGGAUCUUCUCCCCAAGUGCCUGUCUGCCAAACUGCAGCUGGAAAAAAAAGAAAGCAAGAGAUUUGAAGAGCAGCUGCAACAUUUGUUAGCUGAAGAUUCCGAGAUACUUCAGGAUUAUCCAUCUCUUCCUCUUUACCUUCCUGAAACUCUGGUGUCUGGGCCUCAGAUUAUUUGCCCACUGACCAAAGCACCGGUGUCAAGAAGCCCAGAGGCUGGAAGCUGGACAGAACUGAAAGACACAGGAAUCUCUCCAUCUCACAAACUUACAUACUUAAAACAACUCAUUAGCGCUAACAGAGAAAAAGAAAUGGCUUGUGAACUCCGCUUGUCUGCAUUGCUAGAUGUGAUGGAUACAUGAGUAGGAUUGCCCCCAGUCUGUGGGGCAACAGGGCUAACAGUGGAUCUACAGCUGAGUAACAUUAAAGGAAGGAAAUCUGUAUCAAAAUACUGUAAGACAGACCUUUGUGAAUGACUUCUAUCUAAAAUACUACUUUGUGAUUUUAUAAUACUGUUACAAUGUGCAGAUGAAUCUAGUGUUCUGUGCUUUGAUCUGAUUUUUGCUACUUUCCUGUGUGAACUUUAUAAUUAGCUCACUUUGACCCAGCACUCACUUCAGAGUUUAGAGUUAAGUAGAGAUGUGUAGGCUUGUGUCUUUUUUCCACUGCAAAACCUGCAAUCCGUCAGUUAAUCUCAUAGUUAUGCUGCCUCAGAAAUUAUGGCUGUUGUAGUU